UGUAAAAAUGUCUGCUGAACCAAUCCGUGUGGUUGUAACGGGAGCUGCUGGUCAGAUCGCUUACUCGCUACUGUACAUGGUAGCCAAGGGUGAUGUGUUCGGACCGAACCAGCCCCUGAUUCUACAUUUGCUGGACAUUCCACCGAUGAUGGGCGUGCUCGAGGGAGUCGUAAUGGAGCUGGACGAUUGCGCUCUACCAUUGCUCGUCAGCGUUGUACCGACAGCUGAUCCGGCCGUCGCAUUCAAGGAUGUUGAUGCCGCAUUCCUGGUCGGUGCUAUGCCCCGCAAGCAGGGCAUGGAGCGUAAGGAUCUGCUGUCGGCAAACGUGAAAAUCUUCAAGGUGCAGGGCGAAGCGCUGGACAAGUUCGCCAAGAAGGACGUGAAAGUACUCGUGGUGGGUAAUCCGGCCAACACGAACGCGCUCGUCUGUUCGCACUAUGCACCCUCGAUCCCGAAGGAGAACUUUACCGCCAUGACACGGUUGGAUCAGAACCGUGCUCAAGCACAGAUUGCUGGUCGGCUCGGUGUGGGCAUUACGAAGGUGAAGAAUGUCAUCAUUUGGGGUAACCAUUCGGCCACCCAGGUGCCGGAUGCACGUAACGCUUCGGUGGAGGUGAACGGUACGGUUAAGACGGUCCCGGAAGCGGUCGGCGACGAUGAGUUCUUGAAGCAGCAAUUCCUCGAAACGGUACAGAAGCGUGGUGCGGCUGUUAUUGCCGCCCGUAAGAUGUCUUCCGCAAUGUCCGCUGCGAAGGCGGCCAGUGAUCAUAUGCGCGAUUGGUUUGCGGGUACGCGCGAUGGCGAGUACGUGUCGAUGGGUGUCAUUUCGGACGGAAGCUACGGUGCGCCGAAGGAUAUUGUGUUUUCGUUCCCGGUGCAGAUCCAAAACCGGCAGUGGAAGAUUGUGCAGGGUCUGUCGGUGGAUGAGUUUACGCGCAGUAAGCUGGACGUGACGGCGAAGGAGCUACUGGAGGAGAAGGAGGAAGCGAUGGCGGUGUGUGCUGCGGAUUGACUAGUUAAGCUGUAAAACAGAAUUUUGUAUGAAGGAAACAAAAAUUACA